AUGGGAAGGCCAAUGUUGGGAGUCCCUCUGAUCCUGUUUACUGUGAUGCUGAUGGGCACUGUGGCCAAAAAUUGUGUGUGCAAUGGAAAAUCAAGGUGCCACUGUGAAGGAGUGAAAGGCAGCAGGGGAGACAAAGGUUUUCCAGGAGUUGCAGGUCCCCCAGGGUCAGGGGGCCGUUCUGGAUCAGAUGGUCAUCCUGGGCCUUAUGGACCAAAGGGCAGCACUGGGCCUGAUGGACUGGAGGGGCAAAAAGGCGAUUCGGGACCUGAGGGCAAAGAAGGAGUUGAUGGGUCUCAUGGUUUACCGGGUAUCCCAGGUUUACAAGGGCCUCCAGGACUCCCAGGGGCCCCCGGCUGCAAUGGAACUGAUGGAGAAGAGGGGCCUCCUGGGUUUCCCGGCAUCCAUGGCCUUGAUGGAAGUGCAGGUCCACCUGGUCUGCCUGGACCUAAGGGAAAUCCAGGUUUCCGUGGAGAGCAUGGACUACCGGGGGACACUGGACCAAGGGGCUCUGUUGGGUUUCCUGGUCGUUCUGGAUCCUCAGGAUCAAAGGGUCAAGAAGGCACAGGCGGUAUCCCAGGACCUCGUGGACCACAGGGGAGAUCAGGACCACGAGGCCCACCGGGGCCACCGGGUCGAAUCAAGGAGUUUUUCACAGGGAGUCUCGUGUUGAAGGGUCUAAAAGGAGGCAAAGGAGACAUAGGAAUAAAAGGAUGCAAGGGUACAACAGGGGACCCAGGUUAUGGCUAUGACACCAAAGGAGCAAAGGGAGACAAAGGUCUGGAGGGUCCAGAAGGAAAGUCAGGGAAGGAUGGCGAUCCUGGACGAUCAUCUAGGGUACUUUUUCUUUAGGGAUGGCCUGGCCCCAGAGGUGAUCCAGGAUAUGCGGGGACACCAGGAGUGACGGGUGAAAAGGGAGAUAGAGGUACCCCUGGUCCACCUGGAGAUAUAUUUGGCCCUGUGACUGCGCCACUCAAAGGGUACCGCGGAGAUCUUGGUUUUCCAGGCUCACCUGGGCUCACCGGACGUCAAGGUGUUGAAGGAUUCCCUGGACCUGAUGGACCUCCAGGCCAGUCAUCUGGGAUUUAUGUGCCAGGCCCUAGUGGUCCCAAUGGGUUUCCAGGCCACAAAGGGGACCCUGGGGAGCCGGGGGAUAUUUAUCCAGGACUCCCAGGUCGAGAUGGGGAUGAUGGGGAUCAAGGGCCUGCUGGGGAUCAAGGCCCACCUGGACCUCCUGAAGACAGAACUAACAGGAUUACGAAAGGUCUCCAAGGAAUGAAGGGAACACGAGGUAUGCCUGGACCGAUGGGAUAUGAUGGGCCGUAUGGAAUGAAAGGAGUGAAGGGGGAGACCUGUUAUGAGUGUAUCGGAUCAGGAUUCUCUGGGCCACCGGGUCCACGAGGCCAACCUGGCAUCCCUGGAUAUAAUCAAGGACCAGGUGCUAAAGGUGACCCAGGCUUCCCAGGAGCUAGUGGCUUACCUGGAAGACCAGGUCCUAUUGGUCAAAUGGGAUUUCAAGGCCCUCCAGGACAAAAGGGAGACUCAUAUUCCUACAACACUCCUGGGAUAAAGGGAGAGGAAGGAUACCCGGGACAGCCUGGCAGGCCUGGUGCAGAUGCCCUCCCUGGGUUUCCUGGACUACCAGGUCGCAAAGGCGACCAAGGGCCUCCAGGGGAUUCGUAUCCCUUCCCUGGUGCAGAGGGAGACCGUGGUUACUCAGGGCCACCCGGGCCUUUAGGUAGACCGGGACCAGUUGGCUACCCUGGGCUUGUGGGAUUUGGGCCUGCUGGACUUCCAGGAAGUACGGGAGAUGUUGGGGUGCCUGGCCUGCCAGGGCAACCUGGGAUUCCAGGCCAGAAAGGUGAACCUAGCCACACCCACACCCACACCAAUGGACUCCCUGGACCACCUGGAUUUAAAGGUCUGCCUGGUUCACAUGGAAGCCCAGGUAAUCACGGAGCACCAGGUACCCCAGGAUUACCAGGUUUCCUAGGACAGAAAGGAGAAAGUGGUGAGGUUACAUUUCCUGGAAGGCUGGGAUUCCCAGGACAGAAAGGCGACAAGGGGCAAACAGGUCUCCCAGGCUUUCCUGGGAGGGGCGUGCCUGGUCAGCCAGGUUCACAAGGCCUUCCUGGUCCUUCAGGACUGAAGGGUGAGGGUGGGCCUGGAUAUCGUGGUAUCCCAGGACCCCCUGGGCCUCCUGGAGAAGAUGGAGCUCAGGGGCCUGUAGGAGAUCCAGGGAUCCUUGGUCUACCUGGGAACCCAGGAGUACAUGGAAAUCCUGGUUUUCCAGGAGAAAAGGGAAAUAAAGGUGCUGUAGGUCCCCUAGGACUACCUGGAAAUAAAGAGUCAUGUAAAGGUGAUUUUCCUGGUCCAAGGGGACCACAAGGACCAGAUGGGUAUUCAGGAGAUCCAGGACCCAAUGGCUCCCCCGGUGAGAAGGGGAACCCAGGUUUGCCAGGGUUUGGUCGUCCUGGCGUCCACGGUGAACCUGGUGUUCUUGGGCCAUCAGUGCCCGGUUCACGUGGGCUGACAGGACAAAAAGGGAUUCAGGGACAACAUGGCCUGCCCGGUCAACCAGGACUGAGUGGAGACCCUGGACCAGAUGGGUUCCCAGGAUAUGGACCAGAUGGGUUGCCUGGAAUUACAGGAUCACCAGGCCAAAUAGGUGCCCCCGGCCCAGAUGGAGCCAGUGGUUCCUGGGGUCCACCAGGUAUGAAUGGCGACCCAGGUCCCAGAGGUCCUCCAGGCCUUCUGUCACCACAACCAAUACAUGUGUUUGGGCCCCCGGGAGAACCUGGCAAUCCAGGUUACCCUGGCCUAUCCGGUGCCAGUGGAGAUACUGGAAGUAAUGGACCAAAAGGGCAGAGAGGGAUAGAUGGAGCUCCAGGCGGUCCUGGACAAACAGGUCCCCCUGGUGAUCCAGGUGUUGAUGGUCUAGUUGCCUCAGAAGGAAGUCGAGGAUCUGGUGGAGCUCCAGGAGACCCUGGGGUCAAAGGGCAUCCAGGCCUAAAGGGAAUAAAAGGAGAUCAAGGAAUCUCUGGAGGGCCAGGUCCAGAUGGUGCACCAGGUCGAACCGGUAACAAAGGCAUUAACGGAGAGCCAAAUUACAAUGGAUAUGGAUGGCCUGGAACAGUAGGACAAAAGGGUGAACCAGGAUCGACCAAUACUCAUGUGAUGAAGGGUCAGAAAGGGGAACGUGGUUCUUUUGGACCUCUAGGUUUACCAGGAAACCAUGGAACCAAAGGAAACCCAGGGCCUGAUGGACAAAAUGGUCCAUCUGGCUAUCAAGGGCCUAAAGGUUCAGGUGGACCUUCAGGAAACCAAGGACAGAGAGGACCCAAUGGACCUGCAGGGGACCCAGGCCUGCCGGGUGUCAGUAGUUAUCCAGGUCCUAGAGGCAAUCAGGGCCGGGAUGGAAUCCCUGGACCACCGGGGCAGAAGGGAGACACUAACAUUAUAGGAGGGGCACCUGGUAGGCAUGGGGGCACAGGUCAACAAGGUCCUCCCGGAAACCCUGGUCCCCCUGGCUUGACUCUUAUAGGGAGUCCUGGACCAAUAGGAGACAGAGGAUUUCCAGGUUCAACUGGGGUCUCUGGUCUGAAGGGAGUACCAGGAAGGGAAGGGGCUUGUGUUCCUGGGUCAAAAGGAGACCACGGUCAUCCUGGCAAUCCUGGCUAUCGCGGUUUACCUGGCCUUCCAGGUCCCACACUACCGGGCUUAAAAGGAGACAGAGGGGACUCAGGUCUUACAGGAGCCCAAGGCUUUAGCGGACCCCGAGGAGAUACAGGCCCUCAAGGACCACCGGGUCCAAUGGGCAGACCUGGAGGUGUGGGACCAAGAGGUGAUUCUGGUCCUCCUGGAAUCUAUGGGCUUCCUGGAGUCAAGGGAGACCCUGGACACAUCUCUGGCCCUCCUGGUCCACCUGGGAUUAAAGGUUUUCCUGGACGACCUGGCGUAAAAGGUGAACCAGCAUCUGUCAGGGCGACGUAUGAACCAGGACCUCCUGGCUCACCUGGUCCCUCUGGCAACCGAGGAGCCCCAGGACACACUGGACCAUCAGGACGAUUAGGCCUACCAGGUCAGUCAGGCGUCAAAGGCAAGCGUGGUUCCAGCCCAGAUGGCCAUCCUGGAUUUACUGGACACAAAGGAGACAAAGGAAUAGCAGGACUGCCAGGUUCAGAAGGCAGAACGGGAAACUCAGGCAACAAGGGUCAGCCGGGGUUGCCAGGCAAAGGUGGUCCAGGUUAUGUUAACAGUUUCCUGAUAGCCAGACACAGUCAAAGCAUGAGUGUCCCUGACUGCCCUCUUGGCACCAGCCUCAUCUACUCUGGUUACUCCUUCCUCUUCAUCAACGGAAAUGAGAGAGCUCAUGGUCAGGACCUUGGCACCAUGGGAAGCUGUCUCCCUCGUUUCACCACCAUGCCCUUCCUGUUCUGUGACACGGAAAGUAACUGCCGCUAUGCUUCUCGUAACGACUACUCCUACUGGUUGUCCACUGACACUCCAAUGCCUACCAACAUGGCUUCCAUCACAGGGGAUACACUGGCCUCCUACAUCAGCAGGUGCUCAGUGUGUGAAACCACCUCCAAUGUCAUAGCCAUCCACAGCCAGACAACUCUGAUACCUGAAUGUCCCCGAGACUGGGAAUCAAUAUGGACUGGAUACUCUUUUGUCAUGCAAACGGGUGCUGGAGCAGAGGGCUCCUCCCAGCCGCUGGUUUCUCCUGGCUCUUGUCUGGAAAGUUUCCGCCAAGUGCCCUUCAUCGAGUGUCAUGGCAGAGGAACUUGCAACUACUACCCUGAUUCCUAUAGCUACUGGUUGGCCUCCCUAGACCCCGACAGCAUGUUUAGUAAACCUGUUCCUCACACGGUGAAGGGACCUUCUCUACAAAGUGUCAUCAGCCGUUGUCGUGUCUGCAGGAAACCAUGGCAACCAACAGAUGACAAACGUGGGGACAAUUUUUAA